ACCAAACGCACAGGCACACACGCGCGCGCGCGUAAGCACACACUCACAAAGCGGGGAGGGUAACGUGAAUGACCUUGCAAAGGUAUCUUGCCCACUGGGGACAGGAUUAGCAAACCUGAAACCUCUGCAAAUAUUUAUCUUCCUCCCGUAUUCCUCCUGAAGCGGUUCGCUCCUCUCGCUGUCUCUCCCAGACCCCUCUCGUUUUCACUCCGCCAUACAAAGCCCAACCCGCCCAUCUCCUCGCUGCAAGCCCAGAGAACUUGAUUCCCCAUGUUGAAACUCGUCGGUGGCGGUGGCGGGCAGGACUGGGCAUGCUCAGUGGCGGGGACCAGUCUGGGAGGCGAGGAAGCCGCGUUUGAAGUCGCGCGGCCCGGGGCUCGGGGGAAGGCGGGCGACGGGAGCCCCGGCUGGGGGUGCGCGGGGAUCCCCGAUUCCGAGCCCGGGGCUGGCGUGCUCCAGGCCGGCGCCGUGGGGCCGGCGCGCUGGGGGCAGGGCGCGGAGGAGGUGGGGGAGUCGGCAGGAGGAGGGGAGGAGCGCCGGGUUCGCCAUCCCCAGGCGCCGGCUCUGCGGCUGCUGAAUCGGAAGCUGCAGGGAGGAUCCGGGGAAAUAAAGACGCCCGAGAAUGACCUCCAGCGAGGCCGCCUGAGCCGGGGCCCGCGCGCAGCCCCGCCAGCACCCGGCAUGGGCGACCGCGGCGGGCAGCCGGAGCGCUCGGCCCCGCACUCCCCUGGGGCCCCCGUGGGCACCAGCGCCGCCGCUGUGAACGGGUUGCUGCACAACGGCUUCCACCCGCCGCCAGUCCAGCCGCCGCUCGUCUGCAGCCGGGGUCCCGUGGGCGGCAACGACGCAGUGCCCCAGCGCCUCCCGCUCCUACCGGAGCUCCAGCCGCAGCCACUGCUCCCUCAGCAUGAUUCCCCGGCCAAGAAAUGCCGGCUGCGGAGGAGGAUGGACUCGGGGAGAAAGAACAGGCCGCCAUUCCCAUGGUUUGGCAUGGACAUCGGUGGAACGCUGGUUAAAUUGGUCUACUUCGAACCGAAGGAUAUUACAGCUGAAGAGGAGCAAGAGGAAGUAGAGAACCUGAAGAGCAUCCGGAAGUAUUUGACUUCUAAUACUGCUUAUGGGAAAACUGGGAUCCGAGACGUCCACCUGGAACUGAAAAACCUGACCAUGUGUGGACGCAAAGGGAACCUGCACUUCAUCCGCUUUCCCAGCUGUGCUAUGCACAGGUUCAUUCAGAUGGGCAGUGAGAAAAACUUCUCUAGCCUUCACACCACCCUGUGUGCCACGGGAGGCGGAGCUUUCAAGUUCGAAGAGGACUUCAGAAUGAUUGCUGACCUGCAGCUGCAUAAACUGGAUGAACUGGACUGUCUGAUUCAGGGCCUGCUUUAUGUCGACUCUGUUGGCUUCAACGGCAAGCCAGAAUGUUACUAUUUUGAAAAUCCCACAAAUCCUGAAUUGUGUCAAAAAAAGCCGUACUGCCUUGAUAACCCAUACCCUAUGUUGCUGGUUAACAUGGGCUCAGGUGUCAGCAUUCUAGCUGUGUACUCCAAGGACAACUAUAAAAGAGUUACAGGGACCAGUCUUGGAGGUGGAACAUUCCUAGGCCUAUGUUGCUUGCUGACUGGUUGUGAGACCUUUGAAGAAGCUCUGGAAAUGGCAGCUAAAGGCGACAGCACCAAUGUUGAUAAGCUGGUGAAGGACAUUUACGGAGGAGACUAUGAACGAUUUGGCCUUCAAGGAUCUGCUGUAGCAUCAAGCUUUGGCAACAUGAUGAGUAAAGAAAAGCGAGAUUCCAUCAGCAAGGAAGACCUCGCCCGGGCCACAUUGGUCACCAUCACCAACAACAUUGGCUCCAUUGCUCGGAUGUGUGCUUUGAAUGAGAAUAUAGACAGAGUUGUGUUUGUUGGAAAUUUUCUCAGAAUCAAUAUGGUCUCCAUGAAGCUGCUAGCAUAUGCCAUGGAUUUUUGGUCCAAAGGACAACUAAAAGCUCUGUUUUUGGAACAUGAGGGUUAUUUUGGAGCUGUUGGGGCCCUGUUGGAACUGUUCAAAAUGACCGAUGACAAGUAGAGAUGAGCAGUGGAGGGAACAGCCUCCCCAAAGGACAGAGAACUAAAAAAUUGCUGCUGGAGAAGGUGAAGGUCGCUUUGGGACGGAAACCAAGCCAUUAUGGCAGAUGAACCUGCUGGAUUUGUAAAUAAUUUAAAAUCCUUCCAGAUGAUCUUUUACUCUUAGGUUUUGAGCUAAUGAUUCAAAACGGGGGAAUAUAAAAGGUUUUUUUUCUGUAUACUGUAUUUUUUUAAAAAAAUGGUGCAGCGUGGCCAAACCUACCAAUGGUAUGCAUUAACUUUGAAAAGUUGUUUGAUGUUUAAGAAGGACCUGAUAUGUAAGCGCUGUUCAUUUUUCUUCUGGGGUUUACUGAUCAGUGUGGUGAUUUUAACUUCAUUUAGUAAUUACUCUAGGAGAUUUUACCUUGACUCAUAUUUUUCAUGACGUUUCAUGAUUUGCUGUUGGUUUCAAAUGAAACUACAAAUCUGGCAUGUUUUACUGUGAACACUUUUGUUAUUUGUUUGUUUACCCUUUUUGGUCUUGUUUUUCUGUUUUAGUUGUCUUAUGAAAAAAGAGAGUCCUUCCCUCUGUUUCUGUCCUCAGAUGAUCUCCCUCCCCUACCUGUAAACUUUCUUUGACAUAAUUGUUCAUAUCAAUGAAGGUGCUGACCAGCUCAAUACAAAGUUAAGCACAAGAUCUAAAGCUCUUGAAAAUGCCCGUGAAGAGAAGACUGAAUGUGUUAAUGAAUUUAAUGAGUCUGGCAAGUUUGUCUUAUCCCUUAUAAAUAUAGUGUUUCAUUGGAUUUAUUUUAUGCUAGGUGAUAUUAAGUUGAAAUAGUCUAUGAUGAAAUGUCCUCAUCCAUGCACAGAAUAUGAAUGGCAGCAAACCUUUGUGCAAGAAGUUUGGAACUUACUGGGAAAAGCCUCCCAGUAGAUUAAUUGUUCAUAUCAGGAGAUUUAGGGUAAGUCAUGGGUUGAGGUGUCAGAUAGUAAUAUCUGUUUGUUUUGUACAUGUAUAUAUCUAGGAAAUUUGUAACAAUACAUCUUUAAUAAUGUUAAAGUUUUUUUCAUUUUUAAUAUUUUAAACUAAAAACUGUACUUCAAUCUCAGUUUCUAAAAUUAAAAAUAAUUUAUACUGAUCUAUAUAUUUUUUCUUUUUGAAAGAUUUCAUUAAGACUGAUGGGUAACUUUCAAAUGAGGGUCACGUACAAAUGUCGGAAUGCGUGAGAUCCCAUGAUCUUGUGUAUUGAGCUUAUUGUUGAAAGGGAUUCUUGAAGGACAGAACAAUUACUCCAGGAUGAAUCUUCCUUUCUCUGCCUUCUGAGCACCGUCUUUAAUUUCCGUAUCUUCAAGUCUUGAAGAAGUUGAUGUUAAUUGAAGAACUCAUUUGUCUGGUUGAAAUAAAGCCUGUUUCUGUUGUGA